UUCUCCCAUCGGCUCAUCCCAUAAACCGACACCGACCGAGAGCGUGCCGGGCGCGCAGCCAGGGGCUGCGGUAGCCAGCAAAGCAAAACCUCUCGUGCAAGGAGCCAGGCCAUAAAUCAAAUAAAUAGGGAACAUGGAAUGGGUGAGAUGGUAGUUCGGAGAGAACAAGUCCCGCUAGACGUAGGGAGUGGGUUUGCAGCGUUAAGUAGGGCGGUCUAGGACAGCCCCUGGCAUUGAGUGAUGACCUGGAAGAAGCCAACCCAAGGCCUCCGGGAAUGGGGAGAGGCCACAGUCCCAGCAGAGGGAACGCCCGUGUAGCAGGCUUGAGGCGGAGGGGGGUGAGUGGGGCAGGCCUGUUUGCAAGGCCGCCUGGCCUUUCCCGCUGGGGGAUGGGGACCUGUUGGAGGGACUGAGGCACAGAGCAGGAUGGUGCGCCUUGGCUGGGUAAGGGCCAGCCCUCGCACAGUGCCUUGCGGAGAGCGGGUGGCGGGUGGCUGAGCAGUCAGACUGGACGCAGGAGAGAGGACGGCCAGGGUGGAGCAGGCGGAGUCCCAGGAAGUGGUCAGAUCCGGGAUACGUUCUGAAGGGGAGGCCUACAGGAUUUGCUCAUGGAUUGGAUACAAAAGUGAGAAUGAGAGGAAUUGAAGGCUGGGGCCUUGAGCAGUGGGAAGGAGUUUACCAUGAACUGAGAUGAGAAAGGGGCGCAACUCAUCGUUCAUUCAAUAAAACCUUACCGCGAACCCACUGUCGGGCGUGUGCACAGCAGGUGCAGCCAUGAGCAGCCAGCCAGACUCCUGCUUCCUGGGAGGAGCCUCAGGGCGCCAUAGCAGAGAGCUGGAUUGGAAAAGGAGCAGCCGGGACUCGAACCGGCACCCAAAUAGGAUGCUGGUGCUGCAGGCGGCGGCUGUACCCACUAUGCCACAGCGCCGGCCCUGGGAGGACGCAAAGCAGGCCGGCGGGGACAUCCCUCUAGAUCGCCUGACCAUCUCGUACUGUCGGAGCAGCGGGCCCGGGGGCCAGCACGUCAACAAAGUGAACUCCAAGGCUGAAGUGCGGUUCCAUUUGGCCACUGCCGACUGGAUCGCGGAGCCCGUGCGGGGGAAGAUCGCCGUCACGCAUAAGAAUAAGAUCAACAGGUGCGGAGAGUUGAUUGUCACCUCCGAGAGCAGCCGGUAUCAGUUCCGGAACCUGGCGGAUUGCCUGCGGAAAAUCCGAGCGCUGAUCGCCGAGGCCAGCCAGACGCCCGAGGAGCCGUCCAAGGAGGACGCUCAGCUCUGGAAAGCCAGGAUAGAGAGCAGGAACCGGGAGAGGCUGCGGCAGAAGAGAGCGCAUUCUGCCCUCAAGGCCAGCAGGAGGGCAGACGUGGACUGAACCCCGGGCAGCCGGCCCCGGAGAGGAGACGUUUGUCCGCUUCUGCUGACCGUGCGAGCGACAGCGCUGGCGCCAUCGCGAGAAUGCUCGCUGGGACCGUGGGCACGGGCACGGUGCGGAGUUCAGCGUGGGCUGUCACUGGGUUGUCCAACUUCGCGUGUCAGCUGCAGUGAAAUAAACUUCCAACCAGCA